GAUACGAAUGUCGUGGGGAUCAAUACCACGCUCGCUCGGUUCAGAAAAUGGAUCCUUUCUGUCCGCUCGUCAUAGCAAACCAUACCUAUUGUUUGAAACAAUGGAGGCACUGACGAACAAGGACUUAUAAAGAUCAUUGUUAAUCCUGUAAUGUCUUUUAGGUUUCUUUUAGAUGUUUCUUUGUGACUCGAGAGUUAGCAACUAGCACAUACAAAGGCUUUAUUCCGAUUGUUCGUAGCUACCAUAUGCGCUCUCAAAUAUCAAUAGAUAAGAAAGGUCAAUUCUUGCCAAUUUUCGAUUUCUGGACGUCAAAUUUAUUAACUAUUCAACAUGUCAUCAAUUCAUUCUCGGGGGACUUCUAGCGAUGCUGGAGCGAAAAAACCUCUAUGCAAAAAGGAUUUUAUUAAGAACAUCCGAGAGAUUACAGACAAGAAAGUCCGAACGAAGAACUCAGGUCCAAAGUCUCAGGACAAGCCGAAAGAGGUAAAUGAAGAAAAAGAACCCGAUAGAGAUUUGGCUACAGGAAGAAUAUUAGUUGACGACGGAGGUUCUUGUUUGGCAUGUACUAAAAAAGGACUUAACUGCACCUUGAAUUACCUAGGGGUUGAGGGUGUGGACAAAUGCGCUGCUUGUAAGAGAUCAGGAGCUCAAUACUGCAUCAGGCAACGCCCAGUAGGGAAGCUGAUUCCUUUCAGGGGGCCGCCUUGGCAUAACCCGAACUACUUCUCCGUUGGUGCCGAACCGAGCCCGGAGGAAAUGCGAGAAAUUCUCCAAGAGCAUUAUCAGGGCCAGGAUGUAUAUUGUAAUGGUGAGUACAUGCGCGAGGGGGACCGCAACAGGUUUGCGCUCCCUCCUUUCAACGGCAGCGACUUACCACUAGAAGAUCGAAUGGAAAAUUGGAAGUCAGCGGACUGGAAACGAGUUCUACCUACUUGGGAGAAUGCAAGCUAUUAUAAGGACAGUAAGGGGUCGGGUGCACAUUCGGAUGCCACAGGUGGGGAAGAGGUUCAUGUCAGUCAGGAUACGAUCGAUUACUUCCGGGUUCUUCGGAAGUACCCGCCAAGGAAUAUUCACUUCCAGGAAUAUAUGAAAGAGAUCGGGGAAACCUGGUGA